ACGCAGUGUGUGUGUGUGUGUGGGGUUCAUUAGUCCAUCGUCAUCGGUAAGCGACUGGAGGAAUUUUAAAGAUGGCUGAACCACAAGUAAAGAAGAAGAUCAAUUUGGUCCCUGAGAACCUCCUUAAGAAGAGGAAAGCCUAUCAGGCCAUUAAGGCCAAUCAAGCCAAGCAGGCACUGCAAGAAAAGAAAAAGCUUCAACGAGGAAAACCACUCAAGUUUAAGCGCCUAGAGAACUUCCUUUGGGAGAGCCGACAGAAACACAGAGAUGAAAUUCGACUGAACAGAGCGGCACACAGACCAAACCGGGAGAUACUGCCCAGCAAACCAAGGCUGGUGUUUGCCGUCAGAAUACGACAGAUCAAAGGGAUCAGCCCCAAGGUGCGCAAGGUCAUCCAGAUGCUGAGACUGAGAAAGAUCUUCAGUGGCUGCUUUGUCAAACUGAAUAAGACAUCCCGUGGCAUGCUGCAGGCUGUGGAGCCCUACGUGGCCUGGGGUUACCCAAAUCUGAAGUCUGUUCGAGAGCUGAUCCUGAAGAGAGGACAGGCAAAAAUUGACAAGAGGAGAGUCCCUCUGACUGAUAACACACUCAUUGAACAGCACAUGGGUAAACAUGGAAUAAUCUGUUUAGAGGAUCUAAUCCACGAGAUCUACUCUGUGGGGAAAUGCUUCCCUGUAGCCAACAACUUCCUGUGGCCCUUCCCCCUGUCAGUGGCUCGGCACGCAGCCCGAGACAAGGCAGGGUUCCUGCGGGAUAUUGGAGAGCCAGGGCCCAGGGGUGAAGACAUUAACAGGAUCAUCAGGCAACUCAACUGAGGAGGGAGGGCAGGCGAUCUGAAUAAUCACUUCAACAUCUUGGUAGCUUGGAUAACAGCUGCACUGAGAGGCUAGAUUACAUACAGAUCCAUCUUGGAUUUUGAGAAAUGGACAAUGACUCUUGGAAGUAUAUCUAUAGCUGAAAAAACGCCUAAAGUUUUUGGCUCAUUUGAAUAUGUACUUUGAAUUUUUGUCAUGCACAGUAUUUGAUAUUGUACAGUGUUGCUCUUUCUGCUGUAUAUGAAAAUAAAUGUCAAGUUUAAAAUACA